AUGGCUCAGGCACCGGGCGCACCUGUUGUGCUGGGGUUGUUGGGCCUGUGCUGGUCUCUGGCCAUCACCCACCCUCUUGCUUCGACUAGUGCCUCUGGGAAUGGAGCUGAAGGUGGGAAUGGAACCAAGCAGGACCCAGAUGUCCUUGAACGAUGCUCUGAUGGCUGGGGCCCUGAUGCUACCACCCUGGAUGACAGUGGGGCCAUGCUGUUUUUUGAAGGGGACUUUGUGUGGAAGAGUCACAAAUGGGCCCGAGAGUUAAUCUCAGAACAGUGGCAGAAUUUCACUGGCCCGGUGGAUGCUGCAUUUCGCCAUGGUCACGACAGCGUCUUCCUGAUCAAGGGAGACAAAGUCUGGGUGUACCCUCCAAAGAAGAAGGAGAAAGGAUAUCCAAAGUUGCUCCAAGAUGAAUUUCCUGGAAUCCCAUCCCCACUGGAUGCAGCUGUGGAAUGUCACCUUGGAGAAUGCCAACACGAGGGUGUCCUCUUCUUCCAAGGUAACCGCAAGUGGUUCUGGGACUUUGCUACGAGAAGCAAAAAGGAGCGUUCCUGGCCAGAUGUAGGGAACUGCUCCUCUGCCUUGCGAUGGAUCGGCCGCUACUACUGCUUCCAGGGUAACCAGUUCCUGCGUUUCAACCCUGUCACGGGAAAGGUACCUCUCAGGUACCCUCUGGAUGCCCGAGACUACUUCAUGCCAUGCCCCGGCAGAGGCCAUGGCCCUGGACACAGGAAUGGGACUGACCAUGGUAAUGGUACCUACCCUGGCCAGGGGAAUAGACCUGGGCGCUGUAGCCCAGAUCUCGUCUUGUCUGCACUGCUGUCUGACAUCCAUGGUGCUACCUAUGCCUUCAGUGGGUCCCACUACUGGCGUCUGGACACUAGCCGGGACGGGUGGCAUAGCUGGCCCAUUGCUCACCAGUGGCCCCAGGGCCCUUCCACAGUGGAUGCUGCCUUUUCCUGGGAGGACAAACUCUAUCUGGUCCAGGGCACCCAGGUGUAUAUCUUCUUGACAAAGGGAGGCUAUACCCUAGUAAAUGAUUAUCCAAAACGGCUGGAGAAGGAACUUGGGAGCCCUCAUGGGAUAAGCCUUGAUGCUGUGGAUGCAGCCUUUACCUGUCCUGGGUCUUCUCACCUCCACAUCAUGGCAGGAAGGCGGCUGUGGUGGCUGGACCUGAAGUUAGGAGCUCAAGGCAUAUGGACGGAGCUCCCUUGGCCCCAUGAGAAGGUUGAUGGGGCCCUGUGUGUGGAAAAGUCCCUUGGCCUCAACUCAUGUUCUGCCAAUGGUCCCAGCUUGUACCUCAUCCAUGGCCCCAAUGUUUACUGCUACAGUGACGUAGACAAACUAAAUGCAGCCAAGGCCCUGCCCAAGCCUCAGAGCGUGGCCAACCUCCUGGGCUGCAGUCACUCAGGGGCCUCCUGAAGCGGGUCUGGCCCCACCUACAUCCCCAGUUUCUUUACUAUAAAGCCAGAAUUCUUCUUCACUU